GCACGAGAAACACUAUCGCGCUAGCUUGUGAAAAAUGCGCCCGAGUACUGACAUCAAGCGUAGAGGAAUACAGCAGUCUGCCAUCAAAGACACACAGAGUUUCUUCAGAGUCCCGGAACAAAGACAGGUGCAGAACAGAGACAAGGUGAGGAGGCAGAGGAAGGGUCUGUGAGCGUCAGAGAGGAGGGGUGUAUCAGACGAGCAUCGCAUUGGACGGAGGAGGGAAGGUGUGAGCCGCCGCAGCCCACAGAGCUUCACCUGCAGCCAGUGUUUCUCCGGUCAUGGACUAGUGCAGGAGUUCGGCACAUGACGGAGAGCGACGGGACCCGCGAGCCAAAGCACCGUCUUCUACCUCGCCGCCGUAGAGCAGCUCCAGCGCAGCUCGCUAUUUAUGCGUGUUUAUAUUUAUUUAUAGCGCGCGCGCUCCGUCUGUACGCUGCACCGAAUUCGGCGGCCCGAUGCUUCUGCACCAGUUCGUGAACGGGACGCUGGAGACGAUGUAUCCCGGCAUUCAGAAAGACACGACUUUCACCAAGAUCUUCGUCGGCGGUCUGCCGUAUCACACCACGGACGCGUCGCUGCGAAAAUACUUCGAGACUUUCGGCGACAUCGACGAAGCCGUGGUGAUAACGGACCGGCAGACGGGCAAGUCCAGGGGAUACGGCUUUGUCACUAUGAUAGAUAAAAGUGCAGCUGAGAGAGCUUGUAAAGAUCCCAACCCUAUUAUUGAUGGACGCAAAGCUAAUGUCAACCUGGCGUACCUCGGGGCCAAACCACGGAGCCCACUGACAGGAUACUCGGCGGGAGUACAGCAGCUUCACCCAGGCCUGAUCCAGAGGCAGUAUGGACUCAGCCAGCCGUAUGUUUACCCUCAGGCCUUCCUGCAGCCCAGUCUGGUUCUGCCCGCACAGGUCACCUCCAGCGCCACGAGCCCGUACCUAGACUUCAGCACUGCCUACGCUCAGUACGCCUCGUCGGCCUUCGAGCAGUACCCCUACGCCCCCUCGCCAGGCUUCCUGAGCUACAUGUACCCCCCGGGCACCCCCGGGCCCUCCUCGGCCCCGAACACCCCCGUCCCCACAGCCCUGCCCUCCAUCGGUGGAGCCCCCAGCGCCGCAGCCUUCAUCCAGAUCCCUCCUCAGCAGCUCCACGCCGACCGCCUGUAGAUCGGGCCGCAGGGAGCAUGCUGAUAUUGCACUAGAACAUCAUCAUCAUCUUUUUGGGACAGGCAGCUGUGACAUCAUCAGCCUGAGACGGGGGGCGAAUGCAAAAGGGCUUCAAGUUAUUCUGCUUUUCAUCAACAAUAGGUUUA